AGUGUAGAGCAGUCAUUUUAUGAUUAGGCGGAGUCCAGGUCCAGGUCAAGUCCGAAGAUAAUGUGGCUCAUACAGCGGGCGGUAGUUUGUUCACUGUUAGUCUGGAAUAAGGGAGUUACCAGAGCAAUGUGUGCACAGGUGAACGACUGGCGGAGUGCCAAGUCCAUUUAUGAGUUCUCAGCAAAGGACAUUGAUGGGAAUGAGGUAUCUCUUGACAAAUACAAAGGAUAUGUUUGCAUCGUCACAAAUGUAGCCUCCAAGUGAGGCAAGACGGGCGUAAACUACACUCAGUUUGCGGCAAUGCACGCCACGUAUGCUGAGAAAGGUUUGCGCAUCCUGGGCUUUCCCUGCAACCAGUUUGGAAGUCAGGAACCAGGAACAGAUGCUGAGAUCAAGGAGUUUGCCAAAGGCUACAAUGCUGAGUUUGACCUCUUCAGCAAGAUUGAUGUCAAUGGUGACAAUGCCCACCCCCUAUGGAAGUGGAUGAAGGAUCAGCCCAAGGGAAAAGGAAUGCUUGGGAACAACAUCAAGUGGAAUUUUACCAAGUUCCUUAUUGAUCGUGAGGGACAGGUUGUGAAGAGGUAUGGUCCCAUGGAUGAUCCAAGUACCGUGGAAAAAGAUCUCCCCAAGUACCUGUAAAAAGCUUCCUGUCCAUCUCCCACUUCACUCGGUACCCCCUUCGUCCCCUGUGGCAGGCUGGCUGUGAGGGUGUCACUGCCCAGAUUAGUGACGGCCUGACCCUAAACCUGUUUGCCAGGGAGGUCAGGCCUGAUGAAACUGGCGUGCAUAACCACUGGGAUGGCCCCUUACCAGUAGCAAACUUUCAGGAGACAAGGCUGAACCAUUUCCCCCUGCACAAAAAAACUUGCACUGGUUUUUUCUACUAUUAUUAUAACCCUAAUAAAGUUAUGAAGACCCAUGA